CUGAAGAUUUCUUAAGGAAGUUCUCUAGAUAUUCCUCCAGGAAUUCGCACAGGCAUGUCUCCAGGCAUUCCUUCAGGAGCUUCGCUAGGCAAUCCUCUAGGGAUCGCUCUAGGAUUUCCUCCAGGAAUUCUUAAAGGAAUACCUCCAGGAGUUCCUCCAGCGAUUUCCAUAGGGAUUCCUCCAGGAAUUCAUCAAGGCAUUUCUUCAGGAAAUAACUCUGGGGCUCCUCCAGGAAUACCUUUAAGAAUCCCACCAAGAAUUACCCUAGGAACUCCUGCAGAAAUUAAUCCAGUAAAUCGUACAGAAAUUACAACGGCAAUUUAUCCAGAAAUUUCUCCAGGAAAUCAUCCUCCCGGAGUUUAUACACGCAUUAUUCCAAUAAUCCAGGGAUUCCUCAAAGGAUUCCUAAAGAGAUUUCUCCAGGAAUUGUACACUGUUAUGAAACGGUGGAAAACUCUUAAAAAAAAUUAAACCAUAAAUAAAAUUUGUUUCAAACUGUUUAUUUCGCAGGUAAAAAGCAUAGACGUUCUGUUCUAUUAUGUUCUAUACAUACACGAUGUUCUAUUGUAUAUACAACUGACUUUGCAUACCCUUUGUAGUCGAUGAAAUAUUAGAACGAUCGACAUGUUUUUUGCACGGUUCAAUUCGACUUCAUGGUGGCUAUGUUUAGAUGUAGAAAAAGUUGGGAAAAUAAACAACAUGAUAUAUUCUAUUUUAAUCCUAUUUAAAAAAAAAUGUGACAUUACUGUGAAAUAUGCAUGAGAUGCGAAGAAUUUCAAAAAAAAUAAUAAUAAUAUUAAAUGCGGUAGAUAACUGUAAAAAAAAAUAAUCCAGCACAUUUAAAAUGGGCAAUACAAGGUUUGCCGGGUCAGCUAGUAUAUAUAUAAAAAUGCAGUGGCAUACGUGGGACCGCGCAUAACUUACGAACGGAUGGUUCGAUUUGGGUCGUCUAAGUUUUGUUCUGUUAGUUUUCACCCAAGGAAGGUUUAUGAGGCCAAAAACAUGGGAAAAAUGAGAGUUUUUGAAAAUCGGGUGUUCAUACAUUUUAAACGGGGACUUGGGCGCUUGGCUAGGGACAUGCAACGUCAAAAAACGCAGUAGACAAGACAAAGUUUGCCGGGGACAAACUAGUUAUAUAUAAAUCAAUAAAAUAUAAAUAAAACAUUUUAAAAAAGUAAAAAAUUAAAAUAAAAAAAAAAUCUAAAAUUCAAAUAUUCAAAAACUUUUCUCAAAUUCGUUAGUUUUUUUGAUUUUUUUUGUAACACAUCAAAAAUAUCAAAAGCAACUUAUUAAAAAAAAAAUAAUAAAAAAAACAAACACUCGUAAAAUCUACCAAUUUGUCAAAAUCAGUUCGAAUCAAUAAAAUUAUAAAAAUAUAUAACAAAAUAUAAAAAAGCAGAAUAAAUUCACAAUAAACAAAAUAAACAAAUUCAAAGGAAACCAACGAAACAAGCAAAAUCACUACAUUAACAAAAUCGACCGAGUUUUCACAUAAACUAAGUUAUCAAUAUCAAAUUUGCUGAGUCUAGCAAAUUAACAACUUCAACUUAAAAAAAAAGUCCAAAUUGGUGAUUGGCAAGAUUCAGCGGAAUCAAAACGAAUCAGCUGGGGAACCCCUGACCUAUCAGACACGGUUUGCUUUCUUGCUCGAGACAAGAUCCACGUGCCAUGCUGCUGCUUGCACUGUGUAAUCACACUCCUAACUGUCGGGAGCCCCAUGCUGCUAUUAGCUUAGCACUGGAACUGGAAGUGAGUGACCACGCCACCAUCCGACCGUCGUGUGUGAUAAGAUUCGCUCCAGUUUCUCUUCGGCCUGAAUACUCUCAUCUCACAGCUCAAUUCUGAUGAUAAGCGCACAUCGGAGAGAUGCAACCACGAUAGAUAGAGAGAGUGAGAGUAGGAUCCUGUCGCCGUGGUCCAAGCCCAGCAUCCAACAUCGCCACGGGCCUAGUCCUUCAGUUUGCGGAACCAUUCCGUGCUGGAAUGACACACACGUACGAGAAGUCGACGACGACGACGGUUGAUGAUUGUUGAUUCGCGUGUCGCGUGUCCGGAUACCUAAUUGGUGGCGGUUGUGAUUGUGUGGUGCAGUUGCAUCUAUCCAGCUAGCAAGGACAACAGGCCAGCAAGCAGAUGAGACAACGAGCUCCUUCACUAUCCUUGCAGGACUUAAACCUUCGAGAGGAGGAAGGGCAACCGUAGAAAGUUACCCCGUUGUUGUUGUUGCUGUCGGAGGAGUAGAGUGCUGAAUGGACGAGGGUCAUCAGCAGGACCAAGGCUUGGAUUUAGUUCAGUGGCAAGAAGAUUGUUUCGUGCAGUUUUGGGAUUUUACUAUCUGCGGGCGACGGGCGACGGGAGAGGUUAUUGUGCUGCUGGUGGUUGGCGAAGAGAAGUGCGGAGUGUGAUAAUCCCCCGAAAGUCGGUGCAAGUUCAUCAGGAUUAAUCUUGAAUAAAUAAUUAUCGGGCAGGUUGUUGCGGGGCCGGCUGUGCGGUGCGGUGCGGGCAGUACCAGUCAGUGGAAGAAGACUUCGAACGACGACGACGAGCCAGUCAGAACCGCGUCCGAGUGGGAUUCGGUCCGGGUUUUUCCGGGUGAAGUGAAGUGAAGUGAUCGUUGCGUUGCCGGUUGUAGGAUUUCGGGUGUGGUUCCCGUGAAUUGUGAUUAGAGAGAUUAGAAACGGUGGUGGAAGGAUUUUCCCGCAAAAAGGAUAACGAUGUUCGGGGUACGCUUUGUGGUAUGCUGGGUGGCUGCUUUGGUGGCCGUUGGAUACGUGCAGUCGGCUCUUCCGGUGUCGCAGCUCGGACGGGCAAGUAGUAAAGAAACCAACUGUUCGGACGAUAAGUUUCGCUGCAAAAGUGGUCGCUGCAUCCCGAAGCACUGGCAGUGCGAUGGCGAGAACGACUGCUCCGACGGGUCCGACGAGGAUUCGGAAAAGUGCCUCAAUAAGACCUGCCCGUCCAAUGAGGUCAUGUGUAAAAGCGGUGACCGGUGCAUUCCGCGGGGCUGGCUCUGCGAUCGGGAACUGGACUGUCCCGAUGGAUCCGACGAGAGGGAUUGCAAUGAAACCUGCAGAUCGGACGAGUUUACUUGUGCCAACGGACGGUGUAUCCAGAAGCGGUGGCAGUGUGACCGAGAUGACGACUGCGGCGACAACAGCGACGAGAAGGGUUGCCAGGCGACGACGUGCGAUCCACUGAAGCAGUUUGCCUGCUCGGAGAACUACUGCAUCACGUCCAAGUGGCGCUGCGAUGGGGAACCGGAUUGUCCGGAUGGAUCGGAUGAGAGGGGCUGCACAAACCCAACGCCCCCGACGGUAAAUCCCUGCCUCUCGCUGGAGUACCAGUGCUCGGACCGUAUCACCUGCAUCCACAAAAGCUGGAUCUGCGACGGGGAGAAGGAUUGCCCCCAGGGUGACGACGAGAUGCCCCCGAUCUGCCAGAACGUAACCUGUCGACCGGAUCAGUUCCAGUGCAAAAAGGACAAAACCUGCAUCAACGGCCAUUUCCACUGCAACGGCAGGCCGGAGUGUUCCGAUGGGAGCGAUGAGGUCGAUUGCGCAGAGCGUCCCGCCGUCAAGUGUAACCCGAAGACGGAGUUCGACUGCGGCGGUGGAAUGUGCAUUCCCUUGUCGAAGGUUUGCGACAAGAAGCCGGAUUGCCCGGAGUUCCAGGACGAGCCAAAUGACAAGUGCGGAAAGAAUGAGUGUCUGGAGAAUAACGGAGGUUGUUCGCACCUGUGCGUGGAUACACCUGCUGGAUUCUACUGCGAUUGUAAACCAGGUUUCAAACUAAUCGGGAACCGAACCUGCGAGGACAUUGACGAGUGCGCCGAGCCCGGAUCGUGUUCGCAAAAGUGUACCAACGAGAUCGGUACGUUCAAGUGCGAAUGCAUGACCGGUUACCUGCGGGAUCCCCGCGACCAUACCAAGUGUAAGGCCACCGAGGGUCAUGCUUCGUUGCUGUUUGCCCGGCGGCACGACAUCCGAAAGAUUUCGUUGGAUCACCGCGAGAUGACGUCGAUCGUGAACGACACCAAAUCGGCGACGGCACUGGACUUUGUGUUCCGCACCGGAAUGAUCUACUGGAGCGACGUUUCCGAGCAGCGGAUCUACAAGGCCCCGAUCGACGAGGGUUCGGACAAAACGGUAGUGGUUAAGGAUCAAACCGUCACCUCGGACGGGUUGGCCGUGGAUUGGAUCUACAACCACAUCUACUUUACCGACAUCAAGAAGGCCACGAUCGAGCUGACCAACUUCGACGGCAAUAUGGGCAAGGUGCUGAUCAAGGACGAUCUGGAGAUUCCGCGAGCGAUCGCGCUGGAUCCCAUUGAUGGCUGGAUGUACUGGACUGACUGGGGAACCACACCGCGGAUUGAACGUGCUGGAAUGGACGGCACCCAUCGGCAGGUGAUCGUGACGUACGAAGUGAAAUGGCCCAACGGUAUCACGCUGGAUCUAGUGCGGAAGCGUGUCUACUGGGUCGAUGCCAAACUGAACACCAUCUCGUCGUGCGACUACGAUGGAUCCCAGCGGACGGUGGUCCUCUACUCGGCCGACUUCCUGCGGCAUCCGUUCUCGAUCACCACCUUCGAAGACUACGUCUACUGGACCGACUGGGACAAGGAAGCCGUCUUCAAGGCGAACAAAUUCAACGGCAAGGAUAUCGAACCGGUGACGGCAAUGCACAUGCUCCAGCACCCGAUGACAAUCCACGUGUACCACCCGUACCGUCAACCGGACGGUACCAACCACUGUCAGGCCGUCAAUGGGCACUGCUCACAUCUCUGUUUGCCGGCGCCACAGAUCAACGGCCGUAGUCCGAAGAUUUCCUGCGCGUGCCCGACCGGGCUCAAGCUGAUGGACGACGGCCUGAUGUGCGUCGAAGACGAAACUGUCACUACAGCGAGGGGUCCCACAACGUCGCAUGCUUCCAGUUCGCGUCCCUCGAAGAGCAAUGACACUAGCAGCAGCCGCAUCAGCAGCGGUAAAGACAUCGAACAUCAUCCUGGUAAUAUUUACGAUGGCAACAAAAGUAUCAUUGUCUCCACGGGCAAAAGUAUAGCAUUGGAUGCGUCAUCGUCUGCGACAUCGCAUGUGGACAAUAACUCUUCUACAUCCGCACCGCCAUCGACGCACCCCUCGUUCGCUAACAGUUUGCACAUAGCGGCCAUCUGCACCAAUCUAACCCGCAUCGAAGCGUUGAUCGCCAGUCUAAAAUCCAUCAAGACGGUCAACAAAACCGUCCUUCAUCGAUCCUAUUUCAACCGGCGACGAUUGCCAGCUCCUGUGGUAACCACUCAGGGACCCCCCGACGACGAUCUAGUUUUAUCGACUGAACCGACGACAACGACAACCGCAGGGGACCAUGACUACAGUGAACAUUCGACGCAGGCCCCUCAGAACGGGACCACGACUGACAAUCCGGUUGACCGAGACUACUACAACAGCGACCACAGCGAGGAAACCGUCGAGUACAGCUACUGGGAGUACCGGAAGCGGUUCAAUAUGCUGGAGACGCUGUUUAUGGACAAGGUCGUUGACAUCGGGGGUCCCGAUGGGGGCAACCAGGCCAUUUAUGGCAACGAGCUGCACGCGUCGUACGAGUACGUACGGUGGCUCUGCCGGAAGUACCAAGCUACCAUGCGGAAUGGUACCGAUGGAACCAUCAUCAAACCGGACGUGAUGGAACCGGACAACGGAGUGGUGGCCAUAUAUGCGAUCGUGUUGGUAUCGCUUGUCAUGAUACUGUUGGCUCUGGGUGUGUUCCUUUUCUACCGGCACCUCCAGCACCGGAAUACCACCUCGAUGAACUUCGACAAUCCGGUCUACCGGAAAACCACCGAGGACCAGUUCAGCCUGGAGAAGAACCUACCGAGCCGCAUGUACCCGAGCACCGUCGGCGAAGAGGCCCAAGAACCGCUGAACAGACCCUCCACCAACGAUUUCGUCUAGCUGUCUGCUAACACGCGCGCAGCAUAAUGCUGCUGCGUGCACACCAAACUCCUCAAUCGAUUCGAACUGAACAACCGCCCAACCCAAGAACGAUAAAAAGACAACCACCACCCUUCCGAAUAGAUCAACCAUCAACACAUCGCGGAGACCGAAAUCGUGCGCAGCAGCACCACAAUAUCGCCCGAUGGCACGCACACAUGCGUGAAGAUAAAUGCCGUCGAAUGUUGUAGUGGUGCGCGCGUGAGUACUGUGAGCGCGGAAACCUAGAACCAUCCUUAAGUUACUUAAACUUAAACAGAGAGAGAGAGCGAGAAAGCGAAAAGAGAAGAGUGCGUGCGGGAGAAUUCAAGUGACAGCUAGACACACAAACACUCACACACACCCAUAUACAUGCAUCCGCGUAAUAGGAACAAUUUCUUGUGUUUUCUGUUUUCGAUAGUGCAGCUCCAAUAUGUUUUCUAUUUAACACACAGUUAUACAGUUUAGUUUAGCUUGCAAUUGCAAAAUUUAUUACUUCAACUAGGGGUAAGUUCAAGUCCAAGUAUGGUAAGAGUAGCUCAAAUUGUAUAGGAAAAACGGCAAGAAUUCAGACGUUCAGUAGCGUCUAUUGCUUUAAGUUUAUUUUUCCUUUUUUUAUUAAGAUAAUAAUACCUUAAUGGUGGAAAAGUUUACGGUCAAACCGAACCCUAUUGUGUAACGCAGCUUGUCUUUUUGUUGACUUUUCUUACUGGAAACGGAUGUAUGCUAACUUUUUACGUGUGUUUAUCGAUAUCAAUUAUUAGAACAAGUCGUCCAUCUUUGUUGCUCCGUUAAAUUAUUCUAAAAAAGUAUAAAAAAAGAAAAAGUGAAACUGUGCAAAUCUAUUCGGCCUUAGUCGCAUAGUAGGCUAUGAGGGAACGUAAAAUUUGUAUUGUAAAAAAAAACAGAAAAUCAAUCGCUAGAAAAAAUAAUAAAGUGUUUAUCUAGACUAAAACAAACCUAACCUUACGACAGCUAACAAAAUGGUGUAGAUAUUUUUUUUUUCGUUGAGAGAAAUUUUAAAUGAAAACAAAACGGGAAGAGUGUGUUGGAGAAUGUCAAAACAAAAAAAAACUAUUCCAGCGAACAGUAGUGGACAGGAAAUGUGUAAUUUUAGUAGAUAACUAGGAAAUCCCUUUCUUCCUUAACAUGAGAUACUCCUAGCAAGCAGCAACGUCUUUCUGACACUAUUGGUAGCACCCUUUCAGGCUGGUUUAGGUACAGCAACUUGAUUUCGCCAACUGCGAUGAAAAUUAGCAGCCCAUUGACUGUUCAUGCUGUGACGGCACCUUUUAUUUUUUUUACCAAAAAAAAAAAUAAUUGAGUCAUCUGUUGUGAUAGAUCAUGGUCGAUUCUGCCCUCUUUUUGAGUUUUUUAAGACAACACAUCUAUUGUUUGCACUAUAAAUUUUCAUAAAAUUUUUUGAAAACUUUUUCAUAUUUUUGUUUACAAACAUUGUGCGAACUGAACAUCUUUUAAAAUGAACAUUUCUACAAGAAUUUAUAAGAAGAUUCAUUCAAAAAGGUGUUCAACAGCAAUAGAGAAAAAUAGAAGAUUUUACAAAAAAAAAAGAUAAAAAAAGAUGUUUAAUCCAACGAGACAGGUCUAUUGCUCAGAAAAAAAAAACAUAAUUUUGUAUGAUUCGUGAUAACGGCGUAAAAGUCAUCACUUGCCAGGUGUGGAGCUUGCUGUAUUUGAGCGUAUGUACUAGUGAAUGCAAACGGUUUGAUUCUUUUCGGCAAUUCCUAGAGAGAUUUGGUCCAUUUUACCCCGAUUUCUCUCAUAUAUUUGAAUAUUUUACAUGUUCGUCUGCUCGGAGUUAAACUCAGUUGGAAAAUUAUGAUAAAUUUCAGGUAAAAUUGUUUGAAGGAUCAAAAAAAAGAUUUUAGAAAACCACGCGGCCCUCUGAACUGAAGCUUUGCUUAUUUUACCCCGAGUUUCCCUAUCUCGAAAUCUUUCAGUGAUAAUGUCAGAAACAAUGUCGAUAAAACAGAAUAAACAACAUCAGGAUUAACUUGAAAGAUCUUAAAUCUCGGCACUGUGUACUAGGGCAAACAACUUUUAUUCGAUUCUUUCUCAUUUUCUUUUUCUUAAUCGUUUCUACUUUAUCGACCUAGUGAUACUCCAAGCAGCCAUAUGCGUUAACUAUUCAAACCAAGACUCACAUCUUGCAAAUCGGAGCAAAAUGCACAAUAUCUCUGAUCAAAUAGUAGUGCGGUGUCUCACAAAGCUGCCAUUCGAUCCUCUGAAUCAUUUGAAUUGAAGACCAUCCUACUUCAUCGAUCACGUAACACUCCAAGCGGAAUCGUGGAAAAAAUACAUUCAGAAAAUGUCGAAAUUUGGCAUUGCAUUAUACCAAACCGUUUCCAUAAGAAUAUCUGGACAGUUAUACUUUGGGCUGGUUCUGCUUUAUCGACACUCAGAUUACACUCCGGGCAGCUUCACGCACAUUUAGUAGAAUAAGCUUACGUAAAAAAUUCAAAGCAUCGAAUGAAAAAUACACUUUCAUUCAAAUCUUUUUCGUUCCUUUUUUGUUGCAAGAUUUGUUCUACUUUAUCGACCAUAAUCCGCAUUGAAAAGCAAUACAUAAAAAUAUGCAAAGAAAUAGGGAAAUCAGAGCAAAAUGCACGAUAUUACAGAUCAAAGAGUCAUGUUGUAUCUCACAGUGCUGUUAUUUGAUCACCUGUUCCAUUUUAAUUUAAAACAUUCUACUUAAUCGAUCACGUUACACUUCAAGCAGAAUUAUAGGAAAAUGGCAGAUAGUGUGAAAAAAUGGACAUUGUACACUGCAGUUUCCAUUAAUUUACUGCUUUGCUUUGUAAUGGUUCUACUUUAUCGAUCACGUUACACUCUUAGCAGCUACACUUAAAAAUCGAUGGCGUAAUCAGCUCAGAUUUGCGUUCAACAAAUACGGAUAAUCGACAGAAACUGCCAUAGAUUUUUUUCAAAUGAUUUUUUUACUCAUUUUACCCCAAUUUCUUUUUUUCACAUUUGAAUCUUUCUAAUGCCCGUCUGCUCGAUGCGAAUCCUAACUAAAAUAUUGUAGGCACCAUCAUUUUUGAAAAAUAUGUUCGGAAGAUCUUAUAAAAUUGGUUUGGGUAACCGGAGUUUUGCUCAUUUUACCCCAUUUUUCUCGAAUAUUGGAGCACGUAGUUUCCUGCUCGACGUCAAAAGAAGUCGAUAAAGUAGUAAGGUAAAAAAACAUUAAAUUGAGACAGAACAGAAUACUUCAGGUUGAUUAUUUCUACAUUUUUACAAAAUCUCUACUACUUUACCGACUACGUUAGAUUCCAAGCAGAAAUAUAUUCAAAACAUAAGAAAAAUCAAGAAAAAAUGGGCAAUAUUUCAGUAUAGAGAGCCUUGCAGAGCACUAAACCAUGUACGUUCUAUUAUCUAUAAAAUUAUGCUUUGGAAUGAUUCUGCUUUAUCGGCCAUGUUUCACUCUGAGCUAAUAUACGUACGUACAUUCAAAGAAACCCUAGAGAACUAGGUGUCAAACAGGCAAUAUCUCAGCUUUAAGAGCUGUGUGAUGCUCUAAACAGCAUGCAUAAAAUUAUUAAAAAGAUUCUCAAAAACCCUACUUUAUCGACUACGUUUUAUUCAUAGUAGGGCUACAUGAAAAAUAAUUAGAAAUGUGGGAGAAAUCGGGUAAAAAUUGACAAUUUGAACAUUUUGACAUAACUGUAAGCCAAUUCGCAUAAUUAGUUAUGUUACCGAUGCGCCGUUAUCACAAAUCAUGCGAGAAAUGGUCUGCUAGACCAUGUUCUUGCUCCCUAAGACUCAGAUUCAAUCCAUUUCCCAAAUUCUCAAAAAGGUAGAAAAAAGUUAAUACUUAGCAGCUUUUCCAGCAGUUUUCACUCAAUUUUCGAAAAAGAAUAAACAUAAAUAUAGAAAACAGAAAUAGCCAUUUCACAUUUACAAAAUCCAUUGCUCAGAGAGAUGAAAAUAUUUUGCUCAAAACGUAACCAGAAAAACAAAACCGUUUUUGUUGGUAUAUAAGAGAAGCUAGAGAACUCGUUCCCCGCAGCCGUUUACUGCAUUCUAGGAAAAUAUUGACUAUGAUUAUCCGAAAUCCUUCCAGCAAAAAAGCAAAUCCUUGCCAAACGAGAUUUAAUUGAUGUUGAACCUAUACCAUUACGUUUUUUCGCGUUGAUCCGUCUCUUAGCAACCAGAUCGAGCGAAGCGAGAGAGAGAGAAAACCUAAUGUAAACAAACGAAUUUCUUUCCUUCCAGAACAAAAAAAAAUACACACUCACACAACAAAAAAAACUAAAUCCUAAAAACAAAACUAAUUAGAACUUUUUAGAGCUAUUUUUAAAACGAAGAAUGCAAGGGCAACAAACAAAAAAAAAACACUAAAAAAAUGGAACACUCCUGCCAAAUUGAGAAAAGAAUUAAGGAAAAAACAAACGCGGCAGCCGAGAGAACGAACGCCAAAAAUCGCCAAAAUCGUUCAGGAGAAGUAGGCGCUGGAAAACUAUGCGAGCAGCAAACGGAGCGACUUUUUCCCAGCAGAGAGAGAGAGAGAGAGAGAGAGAGAGAGAGAGAGAGAGAGAGAGAGAGAGAGAGAGAGAGAGAGAGAGAGAGAGAGAGUAUCCCAUUUAACGAUUAAAUUAACUAUUGAAAUUACAAACAAAAUAAAAUAGAAAACAGCAAAAAAAAACAAAAAACGAGAUUUAUGACUUUCACUACCGUAAGCUCAUCUAGAUUGUAUCAGAUUAUCGAACUCACAUAAACUAACAAAACAAAAAAUCAUCACACAAAAUCAACAACAACAACAAACCACCACAAACAAAAAUCGAAACAUUUUGCUAACUGUGUACAUAAAACAAGUUGAUUCAUCUGAAUAAGAGAGUGGCGGAGAGAGGCGAGUGAAAAACAAAAAAAAAAAACAGAGAAACAUCCUAACUAACUUAACUGAACUCUCGAGGUGAACAGAGAGAUAAACAAUUAGAGUUUAGCUAAAUUCAAAACUUUACGAAUACGAGGUUCCACAGAAGGAGGCACAAUUACAUACAGAUCCCCCGUUAAAAAUGGCCGUCAAAUUCAAAAUCGCGGUAUAUUUUGAGGGAGGGACUGCAAUCACUCGCAAUGUUUAUUAUCUUUUUGUACAUACUGGAAACGAUAAUGAAGUAAGCGGGGGCCCUACGUCAACAAGAACAUGAUUGCGAAGAAUUAAAAAAAAAAAGAUGGGAAAGUAAUACAACACAACACACAUUUAGUUUAAAGCAUACACAUUGUAACAGCAUCAAGUGGAAACCAAGGUAAAGAAGUAAAAUAAAAACAGAAUGAGUAAUAUAAUGUA